AUGUCACACCACACUGUUAGCUCAGUGUCUAAAGUGUAUGUAGACGUACUUGCCUCCAAGCCCCAAUCGUACUGGGACUACGAAAACAUGAAUAUCAAGUGGAACCUGCAAGACAACUACGAAAUCAUAAAGAAAUUGGGCAGAGGGAAGUACUCCGAGGUGUUUUUAGGAGUCGACUUGAGCAACAAUGGUAACAAAUGUGUGAUCAAGGUGUUGAAGCCGGUCAAACGUAAGAAGAUAAAAAGAGAAAUCUCCAUUUUGAAGAACUUAGUCGGCGGGCCCAACAUUAUUGGUUUAUUGGACAUUGUCAGGGAGCCUCAGCUGAAGACCCCAGGAUUGAUCUUUGAACAUGUAAACAAUGUAGACUUCAGAUCAUUGUACCCACACUUCACAGACUACGACAUCAGGUUCUACAUGUACCAGUUGUUGAAGGCAUUGGAUUACUCACACUCUAUGGGGAUCAUGCACAGGGAUGUGAAGCCACACAACGUGAUGAUUGACCAUGACAACAAGCUGUUGAGGUUGAUCGACUGGGGGUUGGCUGAGUACUACCACCCUGGAACCGAAUACAACGUCAGAGUCGCGUCCAGGUACUUUAAGGGCCCAGAAUUGCUCGUAGACUUCAGGUUAUAUGACUACUCGUUGGACCUAUGGUCCUUUGGGUGCAUGUUUGCCUCGUUGGUGUUCAAGAAGGAGCCAUUUUUCCACGGGAAGUCCAACACUGACCAGUUGGUGCAGAUUGUUCGCGUGUUAGGGUCAGACGAUUUACACAAGUACUUAAACAAGUACGAGUUGACUUUGAGUGAGGAGUACGAGGACCUUGGCUACUACAACAGGAGGCCCUGGAAAAGAUUCAUAAACGACAACAACCAGCAUUUGGUUAGCGACGAGUUUUUAGACUUCUUGGACAACAUAUUGAGGUACGACCACCAAGAGAGAUUGACCGCAAGAGAAGCCAUGGAUCACGAUUAUUUCAAGCCUAUAAGAGAAGCAGAAGCAGAGGCACAAGCAGGAGGGAGAGCAGGAGCCAAGAGAUGA